AUUAAUUACUCUUAAUCCUCGCCGGCACACCGUAAAUAUUCCAUCUCCUAACCGUUAUAAAAACGCCAGGUAGCAGAAAUCCUUUACAUAGUCAUAUUUGUCCCACCCCACUCUCUACUCUCUGCAAGCACCCUCGGACCUUUCAUCUUUCAGUAUUAACAGUUUUCAUCAUGGCCAAAAAACAAGGGCAAGAUUCAAGCAGACCUCCUGCCAAGAAACAUUUCAAGAAGUUAACAAACAACAUAUCUAAAGACACUGUUCAUCAUUCUUCAGAAAACAGUGCUCUUGCUUCUGUGAAUGAUAAAAAAGAGGAAUUCUGUGGUUACAUAUUCAUGUGUAGUGGAAAAACAAAACCAGAAUGUUAUAUAAACCGAGUUUUUGGUCUUCCUUCUGGUAGAAGACAAGUUGUUGAAAAGAUCAAACCAGGCACCAAGCUUUUUCUGUUUGAUACUGAUGUGAAGCUUCUUUAUGGUGUCUAUGAGGCAUCAUCCAAUGGAGGAAUGAACUUGGAAUCUGCUGCUUUUGGUGGAAUGUUUCCAGCACAGGUAAGAUUCAAGAUCUACAAGGAAUCUCUUCCACUUCCUUUAGGUACAUUCAGACAUGCCAUUAAAGAAAAUUAUCAAGGAUCAAAGUUUGCACCAGAACUUAAUAGUCAACAGGUGGGGGCACUUCUGUCAUUGUUUCGUCCCAUCCCUGCUCAAUACCCUACAGCACCUAAUGGUGCACCUGAACCACAGAGGAUACCUGCCACAAAUAAUAUUAACGGAUGGAUCAACAGCUCAUUAACAACGCCUUUACAAAAUACGUAUAGACAACCAAUUCAUAAUCUUCCUCAAUUGGGUCAGCAAAACGGGCUAAACCUAAACCCAAAUUUACAUAAUUGCCAUCCAGUUGUUGCCCCCGCCCAUCAGGCCCCACCUCUGUAUCAUCAACCAUAUCCAAGGUAUAUGACAAUGCAUCCGUGUGAUCAAAGAUUUGGAUUGGAUGCAGAUAGGUAUUUGGGUCACAACUCUUACCCUAUCCCACCAGUUGCUUAUGGUUCUCCUCUGCAUUUGCGGCCUAUGACUCCUUAUGGUGGACCGCAUCCUCCUCAAUCUCAUACACAAUCGCAAGGGCAUGAGGUGCCAGUUUCAUCUUAUUACUUGAAUCAUGCGGGGUUGCGUUGACAGUUGACAGGUGGCGAAAGAUUGGGUACUUAGAAGAACGUGAUGAUGUGGAUUUGGUUGUAAAUUUCUGGUGAGGGGUAGUUACUAGUUAGAAUCUUUGUGAAUAUUUUGUGACUUUACUUUGCAUCAGAAACUUGAAAAAUGUAUGAGGUUAACUUUUCUAUUAAUAGAGAAUACUUCCCUUCUAAA